GUAAAACUCGCCCUGUUGUAUGUCUUCGGCAAUAUUUUAAAAAAUAUUCCGUGCAUUCGUAAGUUUAUCAUAAAGAAAAUGAACCGAAAAGCGUCGAUAGUUAUGCCAGUCGAUAACUAUUGGAAUACUCUCUUCUCUUGGAACCUCAUUCAAACUCUUUGGAAAUACGAAAAGAACGAGCUGAAUCGUGCGUCCAAGAUAGGUUGCACGGCGCCAAACCCGAUUUUGAUUGCGGGAACGAAAGGUCAAAGCGUCGUUCACCUUCUGGACUUGGUGAAGCCAAAUCGACCGCUGGUUGUAAUUUUUGGAAGCUGUACUUGUCCAGUUAUCAUAGCAAAGUUAGAGCAAAUGCUACAAGUACAACGCGAGUUUGAAGAUAUUGCCGACUUUAUCCUUGUGUACGUCCAAGAAGCUCAUCCUCAAGAUGGCUGGAGAAUGAAGGACACCUAUGUUGUUAGAAGACACGUUUCGAUCGAGGAUCGCGUGGAAGCCUCGCAGAUUCUUCGUGCCUUCGUCCCGACUAACUUUCCGGUUUACUCGGAUACGCUGGACAACGCGGCAAGCACUGCGUUCAGCGGCUGUCCAAACAGAAUAGCGAUCAUUGAGGAGGACAAACUGAUCUAUCAGAAUGGACCUGGACCGACAUGGUUUGACUUCGAGGAGACGAAGCAAUGCCUCAAACGCUAUCGCAAUAACAAUAAGGCUUAGAAAUGAGAAUAUAUUAAAAGCAUUUUUAUGAUGGCUUUACUAUGACGUCAGCAUAUACUAUGACGUCAGCGUAAGAUAUAAAUACUCCGGAACAAAAGUUUUGGUAUGAAGUUAACAAAAAUAUUCGCGAUCUUUAUCCGUUUUAUCUUCUCAGCUGUUCAAAGCUGGUAUAAUCCGACUUGUUAUUCAUAUUCUACUGACCAACAACAAUCUCAGUAAUGCUGAACAAUUAUGAAUGUUAUGUAGUAGACAGGGCUUGGAAAUAUUCAUCUAAGCUGAAAUUUCAGACUGAUUUGACAGACUGAUUCGAGGUUGGAAUAUUGGCAAUCUUUGCUUCAUCAUACCAACGCACAGCAAAAAAUGUUUAUGGAAUAGUUAGGCCGAUGCAAGAUUAAUUCAAUUUGAAGGAAAAUACAUCCGCUAAUCGAUGAAGCAGAAUGCUUUUUUCCAGCCUUGUUUCAGCAAAGCGUUUCCGUAUUAAAUGGGGGAAAAACACAUUGAAUUUUAUCCAGCUCAUGAUAUAAGCAAUAAAUAUGUAUCAAAUGUAUAAUUAUGUAUAAAGAACUUAUCCAGUACACGUAUAGUUUAUCACGAUAUAUCCAUUAUUAGCCUGCGACACGAGACCUCUGGAGUUGAUAUAUAGCUAUAGAUGAACUCUUGAUAUGAUAUGUGUGGCAAAAAAAGCAGAUUAAAAUGUUAUCAAAUUA